AUGGACACCACCACCACCUUCCGCACAUCCCACAUUAUUAUUCUCAUGGUUCUUCUCUUAGGGGUUUCUUUGCAAACCAGCAAAGCCCUGGACGCGUUUGCUUGUGACCCAAAAGAUGAAACUAACAGAAAUUUGCCGUUUUGCCAAGCGAAGUUGCCAAUACAAAAUAGAGUGAAUGACCUUAUUGGUAGGAUGACAUUGCGAGAGAAGGUUGGGCUGCUGGUGAACAAUGCAGCGGCAGUUCCACGGCUGGGGAUUAAAGGGUAUGAGUGGUGGUCUGAGGCUCUUCAUGGAGUUUCCAAUGUGGGUCCAGGGACUAAGUUUGGUGGGGCCUUCCCUGGGGCCACUAGCUUCCCUCAAGUCAUCACUGCCGCAGCUUCUUUCAAUGCAACUCUGUGGGAGGCUAUUGGACGGGUUGUGUCAGAUGAGGCAAGAGCAAUGUUCAAUGGAGGGGUAGCUGGGCUCACAUAUUGGAGCCCAAACGUGAACAUUUUCAGAGACCCAAGGUGGGGUCGUGGACAGGAGACUCCCGGGGAAGACCCUGUUGUAGUUGGUAAAUAUGCUGCAAGCUACGUUAGAGGUUUACAGGGAAAUGAUGGUGACCGGUUAAAGGUUGCUGCUUGUUGUAAGCACUUCACAGCCUAUGACCUCGACAACUGGAAUGGGGUUGAUCGGUUCCACUUUAACGCUAAGGUAAGCAAGCAGGACAUGGAGGAUACAUUUGAUGUACCAUUCAGGAUGUGUGUGAAGGAAGGCAAGGUGGCAAGUGUUAUGUGCUCUUACAACCAGGUGAAUGGGAUCCCCACUUGUGCUGACCCAAAUCUGCUAAAGAAGACCGUACGUGGUCAGUGGAGACUUGAUGGGUACAUUGUUUCAGACUGUGACUCAGUUGGGGUCUAUUAUAGUCAGCAACACUAUACUUCAACCCCAGAAGAAGCAGCUGCUGAUGCUAUUAAAGCAGGUUUAGAUUUGGACUGUGGACCAUUCCUGGGUCAACACACUGAGGAUGCAGUAAAAAAAGGCUUGUUAAAUGAGGCUGAAAUAAAUAAUGCACUGCUUAAUACACUAACUGUCCAGAUGAGGCUAGGAAUGUUCGAUGGUGAGCCAUCAUCUGAGCUAUAUCAGAACCUAGGCCCAAAAGAUGUGUGCACCCCAGCUCACCAAGAGCUUGCCCUUGAAGCUGCAAGACAAGGCAUUGUUCUUCUCAAGAAUCAUGGCCUUUCAUUGCCUUUAUCGACUCGCCGUCAUCACUCCGUUGCCAUUAUUGGGCCUAAUUCGAAUGUCACAGAUACCAUGAUUGGAAAUUAUGCAGGUGUUGCUUGUGGAUACACAACACCCCUACAAGGGAUAGAGAGAUAUGCCAAGACAAUUUACAGCCAAGGUUGUGUAGAUGUUGCCUGUGUCGAUGACCAGCAAUUUGGUGCAGCAAUUGACGCAGCACGUCAAGCGGAUGCAACAGUUCUAGUAAUGGGGCUUGACCAGUCUAUCGAGGCAGAAUUCAGAGAUAGGACUGGGCUUCUUCUACCUGGACGCCAACAAGAGCUUGUAUCCAAGGUUGCCGCAGCCUCGAAGGGCCCAACUAUAUUGGUCUUGAUGUCUGGAGGGCCCAUUGAUGUGUCUUUCGCUGAGAAUGAUCCAAAAGUUGGCAGCAUCGUAUGGGCCGGCUAUCCUGGCCAAGCUGGAGGAGCAGCCAUUUCUGAUGUCUUGUUUGGAACUACUAACCCAGGAGGCAAGCUACCUAUGACAUGGUAUCCACAAGAUUAUGUCACAAAUCUGCCGAUGACAGACAUGGCCAUGCGAUCAAGCAAAUCAAAGGGAUAUCCUGGAAGAACCUAUAGAUUCUACAAAGGUAAAGUGGUUUAUCCAUUUGGUCACGGAAUAAGCUACACAAAUUUUGUCCAUACCAUAGCAAGUGCACCGACAAUGUUUUCGGUACCCCUUGAUGGCCACCGCCAUGGCUCCGGGAAUGCAACUCUUUCAGGGAAGGCAAUCAAAGUUACACAUGCUAGGUGUAACAGACUCUCGUUAGGAGUGCAAGUGGAUGUGAAAAACAUUGGCUCGAUGGAUGGAACUCACACGUUGAUAGUCUACUCUAAACCACCAGCAGGGCAUUGGGCUCCUCACAAACAGGUAGUGGCCUUCGAAAAAGUGCAUGUUGCAGCAGGGACUCAGCAAAGAGUGGGAUUUAACAUUCAUGUAUGCAAAUUCCUGAGCGUUGUGGACAGAUCUGGAAUUCGAAGAAUUCCAUUGGGAGAACACAGUCUUCAUAUUGGUGAUCUUGAACAUUCGGUGUCACUUCAAGCCUCAGUUCUAGGUGUAAUCAAGUCUUAA